AGAGUGUUUCCGGUUCAGUCAGCUGACGGUCCAAACAGUGAUGGCGGACAGAGGAGCAGAAGGAUCCGGUAAACCCGCACUGACAGCGGCUCAGAGGCAGCUGCUCCGCCGCCGACAGGAGCUCGACUCCUGGAGGAGAAACGCGUCGCGGCUGCGCAGUAGGAACCUGCUGACGGGACUGGGCAUCGGAGCGUUUGUGGUCGCGAUGUUCAGCUACACCAUCCUGUCCGUCAAGCAGGAGAGAAUCAUGGAGGAGCUGGACGACGAAGCCAAGAUCAACAUCAUCAGAGGGCCGAGGACCGGCGCCAACUCCUGACCACACCGACCACCAGCUGUCCUGAACUGGGGGCAUCUAUAGACUGUACCGUGACAUCACACUGGCAUGUGAUGAGUCUGUCUGCUGAGCUGUGAACAUGUAUGACCUGUUACAGGAGGUCACAUGAGGACAUUACACAUGUUUUCUUUCAUUUCUGUGUGGAAAUAAAUUUAAUGUGUUGUUGAAA